AUGGCGGAAUACAGCCUAGGACAGGCAAGUCCGACUUUCACAACUAGCACUACAGCAGCCGCGUCGGCUACCGUUGGACCGAUGAUCUGCAACACAUACCAGACCAGCUAUAGCCACUGCUGGACCGCCAUCGACCCCAAUACAGUCAAUUCGACCGCCGAUGCGAUGAUUGGAACCCAACUUCCGAAUGGGCCAAUGACGCCGCUGACUCCGAAUAGCACUGAGGUCGUGACGGUGAAGGGGUUGAAUUACUUUAUGAAUAUUGGCUGGAUUCCCGGAUGUGUUGCGGUAAACUCACAAGACCCCGCUAAUCCUAUCGCGAGCGAUCAGUCCAUUGCAACAAGGGAUAUCCUAUGGCAGACCUAUAACGACUGUACUGGUAAUCAUGGCAUCGGAGGCUACUCAGAUACUCUUUGCCUGAGAAUUGGGUUCUUCCCGAACAAGGUUGCCGGUGUGGGCGGUAGUCCUCCUACUCCGAGGAAAUAUUGA